AUGAUGGACCGACAAGGUAGUCAGCAGUGCAGCACUGGGCACUGGGCGGUGUCUAAUAGUCUAUGGGAAUAUUACUACUACUACUACUACUACUACUACUACUACUACUACUACUACUACUACUACUACUACUACUACUACUACUACUACUACUACUACUACUACUACUACUACUACUACCACUACUACCACUACCACUACCACUAG